UGGGUUAGUCGGUUAAGAGCAGUCACAGCACGAACAUGUCUGACGCAAAUUGGAAAUACGAAUUUCACGAGAUACCCAAAACAAAAGAAGAAGCUUUUAAGCAACUCUUUACCGGCUAUAAUGAAGGUCUCGUGAAGAGUGAACCUGGCGGAUUCGUCAUGCCGCCGACGUACGGCCGCAACGCCGAAAAGAUUUACCGGAUGCAACCGAGGAGUGACGACGUCUGGCUCGUUACUUUCCCUAAAUGUGGAACUAAUUGGACCUGCGAAUUGUUGUGGUUGCUGCAAAACAAUUGCGAUUUCGAAUCGGCCGGAAAAACGGGGCUCAUCAUCCGGACGCCAUUCUUAGAAAUGCCUUACUUGAGCUCACAAAUGCAUGCCAUGAAACACAUGUUUAUGAAUGUCGAUAAAGUGGAACAACUUCCUUCUCCGAGAAUCAUCCGGCCCCAUUUGCCCUUUUAUUUGCUGCCACCACGGUUGCUAGAUACAGCCAAGGUAGUUUACGUUGCUCGCAAUCCAAAGGAUGUCAUCGUUUCUUAUUACUUCCAUCACAAAUUGAUCAAAUUGCACGGAUAUACUGGAUCUAUGGAAGAGUUUGCUCAAUUUUUUAUGGAUGAUGAAGUUGCAUACGCCCCUUUUUUCCCACACAUUCUGGACGCUUGGUCCAAACGUCAUCAUCCCAACAUGCAUUUUAUGUUCUACGAAGACAUGAAAAGGGAUCUGCGCGGAGAAAUCUUGAAAGUGGCCGCUUUUCUUGGCAAGUCACUCACUGACGAGGAACUGGAAAAAUUGGCUGAACACUUGCGUUUUGACAAUUUCCAGAAAAAUGAAUCAGUCAAUAACGAAUCUGGUAAAAAGACUGGAGCUAUGAAUCAAGAUGGCCAUUUUAUCCGCAAAGGCAAAACAGGAGACUGGAAAAACCAUUUCAGCCCAGAGUUGAACGAACAAAUCGACAAGUGGAUCGAAAAGAACUUGGCCGGAACUGAUUUGACCUUCGUCACUGAACUAGAGCAUCAAGAUUAAAUUUUAAGCUUUCAUGAUCAUUGCCACUAUUGUCAUGUGACACAAUGAGCAAGUUCUUCUAGAAAUUAAACUUUGAAUUAAAAAAAAAUAAAGCAAGUGAAAAAUUCA